AGCAAAUUGGACUCCCGAAACAAUGCAGCGACAUAUGAAAUCAAGUGAACAUACUUCUCCCAUCGGGGAAGAGAGGUUUUUGUGAUGCAAUAAAGUUCACCUUCGUUCACUUUCGGCGAGCAUAUUAGGGGCGACUGGACGGAAAAAAAGAAACGUGGACUACAGGUAUUGUACACAUUGCUGGACAUUGUGGCAAUGAUUAAAGGGAGAAGACUCAAGAUACAGGCACAUAACGUGUUGAGAAGACCAUAUCACCAAGCAGGUGGUGGAAAAAGACAUCAGAGGUAUGACCAUUUGAGUGCUUUGAUAAAUAAAAUACUUUCAGAGAAGCCAGAAAAUAUAAUGGAGGGAUUUGAAGAGUAUAGCCGAACCUUGAAAGAAAAAUGGUUCAGAUCAGCUGCAGAUUGUCUUCAGGACCAAUAUAUCAUUCGUAACUAUCCAGAUUACACACAGAAGCUCAUCACUCUAUUUAGGCCUCUUCCAGAAGAAAAGACGGAGACAGAAGAUGAUGAGGAAGGAGCAGGUGACAAAAGGAUGGAUCUUAUGGAACUUCAGUACUACUUUGAGCAAGCAGGGGCAGGAUUAUCAAAAAAUGAAGUGUUCUGCACAUCAGCAGCACUUUACAACUUGGGUCAACGAGAAAUCAUAAAGAAGUACAGCCUUGGCAUUUUGGGUCCUGGUGAAGAGGAGGAAGAAAAAAUUAAACUCAAACCUGCACCAAAGAUACCACGACCACCUAAAUCCAUGUAUAAGAAGCCACCUGAUGUGCCACCAGAAAAAAUAGGUGAAGGCACAAAUCAAAAGGUCUACUUUGUUUGUAAUAGACCUGGGGAAGAAUGGAUAGAAUUACCCAAUGUUACACCCCAACAAAUUACUGCUGCUCGUCAAAUUAGAAGAUAUUUCACAGGAAAUCUGGAUACAGAGAUCUUUACAUAUCCACCAUUCCCUGGAAAAGAGAUUAAUUAUCUUCGAGCACAGAUUGCUCGUAUAUCUGCAGGAACUCAGAUCUCUCCACUUGGAUUCUAUAAUUUUGGAGAGGAUGAGGAAGAAGAAGUUGAAGAAGAAGAAGGAGAGGAAAGGAUCCCUGUUCCAAAUGCAGCUUUUGAGCCAGUGCCUUUAAGAGAUCUUCUCGAUCCAAGCAUGUCCUUCUGGGUCCAUCACGGAAGGCACAUAUUGAAGCAAGGCCGGACGAAAUGGUGGAAUCCAAAGCAAAAGUCAGAGGAUGAGGUUGAAGAGGAGGUGGGUCCCACUGAAGAAGAAGAAGAGGAAGAAGUAGAACCAGAAGUAGGACCUCCAAUGUUCACACCCCUUUCAGAGGAUGCAGCACUAGAAACUAUGCCUGCUUGGAGUGUUCGAAUAGGAUCUCAAAUUGUUAAAGAUACAGCCAUUGCCUUUGUUCGUUCAAAUUUAUGGCCUGGUGCAUUUGCUUUUGCAGCAGGCAGGAAAUCUGACAAUAUUUAUUUGGGAUGGGGCCACAAAUAUGUUGCUCAUAACUAUUCUCCUCCUGGGAUGGAGUCUAUUCAAACAGAAUACCCCCUCGGGCCAGAAAUAAUGGAAAUUGAGGACCCAUCUGUAGAACAAGAAGAAGCAUGGAGACUGGCUCGCGAGAAAAAGAAGGCUCGACCCGAAGAAGAAGAAGAAGAGGAAGAGGAAGGAGAGGAGGAGGAAGAUGAAGAUUAG